AUAAAAGGAAAGGGUUAAACCAGGUACGAUACAGUAGCAACAGUGACAACCCAUCUGCAGCCAACAUGAGCAACACCGGCAUGAACAUGAGGGGCAAGAUCAUCUUCUACGAGGAGAAGAACUUCCAGGGCCGCUCCUAUGAGUGCAUGAGCGACUGCUCCGACAUGACCUCCUACCUGAGCAGGUGUCACUCCUGCAGGGUGGAGAGCGGCUGCUUCAUGGUCUACGACCGCCCCAACUUCAUGGGCAACCAGUUCUUCAUGAGGAGGGGCGAGUACGCUGACAACAUGAGCAUGAUGGGAAUGAGAGACUGCAUCAAGUCUUGCCGCAUGAUCCCCAUGCACAGAGGCCAGUUCAGGAUGAAGAUCUUCGAGAAGGAGAACUUCAGCGGUCAGAGCCACGAGCUGAUGGACGAUUGUGACAACAUCAUGGAGCGCUACCGCAUGUCCGACUGCAUGUCCUGCCAGGUGAUGGACGGCCACUGGCUGAUGUACGAGCAGGCCAACUUCAGAGGCAAGAUGAUGUACCUGAGGCCCGGAGAGUACCGCAGCUUCAGGGAGAUGGGCAUGAGCAUCACCAGGUUCAUGAGCAUGAGGCGCAUCAUGGAUUCCUGCAACUAAAAGUUCUCUCGAUGUUCACUGGUUCACCCAUCAAAUGCAACUAAAUUAAGAAAUUGCUGCACUACUUGACUGUUACCAUCUCACUGUCACUGUGAAAUAUUAUGCACUACUACACAGAAAUAAAUAAUGGGUCAUGAAACUA